GGUAAUCGCCGCACUUUUUUUCAAAUUAGUGGAUCCCAGAAAUCAUUGCGCGCAUUUGUAACGAAUUUCCGUUCGAGUUUGUAUUUUAGGCGCCAUUUUCGAGUGAAGGACCCGGAGCCGAAACACCGGUAGGAUCGGGGAGGUGGGUACUACACAACCGUCUCUAGCCUUGGUCUGAGCGGACUGUCCCGCAGCAACCAUGCCCCGUAAAGGCACCCAGCCCUCCACUGCCCGGCGCAGAGAGGAAGGGCCGCCGCCGUCCCCUGACGGCGCCAGCAGCGACGCGGAGCCUCAGCCGCCGUCCGGCCGCGCGGAGAGCCCAGCCACUGCCGCAGAGACUGCAAGUGAGGAGCUUGAUAAUAGAAGUUUAGAAGAGAUUUUGAAUAGUAUUCCUCCUCCCCCGCCUCCAGCAAUGACCAAUGAAGCUGGAGCUCCUCGGCUUAUGAUAACUCAUAUUGUAAACCAGAACUUCAAAUCCUAUGCUGGGGAGAAAAUUCUGGGACCUUUCCAUAAGCGCUUUUCCUGUAUUAUCGGGCCAAAUGGCAGUGGGAAAUCCAAUGUUAUUGAUUCUAUGCUUUUUGUGUUUGGCUAUCGAGCACAAAAAAUAAGAUCUAAAAAACUCUCAGUAUUAAUACAUAAUUCUGAUGAACACAAGGACAUUCAGAGUUGUACAGUAGAAGUUCAUUUUCAAAAGAUAAUUGAUAAGGAAGGGGAUGAUUAUGAAGUCAUUCCUAACAGUAAUUUCUAUGUAUCCAGAACGGCCUACAGAGAUAAUACUUCUGUCUAUCACAUAAGUGGAAAGAAAAAGACAUUUAAGGAUGUUGGAAAUCUUCUUCGAAGCCAUGGAAUUGACUUGGACCAUAAUAGAUUUUUAAUUUUACAGGGCGAAGUUGAACAAAUUGCUAUGAUGAAACCAAAAGGCCAGACUGAACACGAUGAGGGUAUGCUUGAAUAUUUAGAAGAUAUAAUUGGUUGUGGACGGCUAAAUGAACCUAUUAAAGUCUUGUGUCGGAGAGUUGAAAUAUUAAAUGAACACAGAGGAGAGAAGUUAAACAGGGUAAAGAUGGUGGAAAAGGAAAAGGAUGCCUUAGAAGGAGAGAAAAACAUAGCUAUUGAAUUUCUUACCUUGGAAAAUGAAAUAUUUAGAAAAAAGAAUCAUGUUUGUCAAUAUUAUAUUUAUGAUUUGCAGAAACGAAUUGCUGAAAUGGAAACUCAAAAGAAAAAAAUUCAUGAAGAUACCAAAGAAAUUAAUGAGAAGAGCAGUAUACUAUCAAAUGAAAUGAAAGCUAAGAAUAAAGAUGUAAAAGAUAUAGAAAAGAAACUGAAUAAAAUUACAAAAUUUAUUGAGGAGAAUAAAGAAAAAUUUACACAACUAGAUUUGGAAGAUGUUCAAGUUAGAGAAAAAUUAAAACAUGCAACUAGUAAAGUCAAAAAACUGGAGAAACAACUUCAAAAAGAUAAAGAAAAGGUUGAAGAAUUUAAAAGUAUACCUGCCAAGAGUAACAAUGUCAUUAAUGAAACAACAACCAGAAACAAUGCCCUUGAGAAAGAAAAAGAGAAAGAAGAAAAAAAAUUAAAGGAAGUUAUGGAUAGCCUUAAACAGGAAACACAAGGGCUUCAGAAAGAAAAAGAAAGUCGAGAGAAAGAACUUAUGGGUUUCAGCAAAUCGGUAAAUGAAGCACGUUCAAAGAUGGAUGUAGCCCAGUCAGAACUUGAUAUCUAUCUCAGUUGUCAUAAUACUGCAGUGUCACAAUUAACUAAGGCCAAGGAAGCUCUAAUUGCAGCUUCUGAGACUCUCAAAGAAAGGAAAGCUGCAAUCAGAGAUAUAGAAGGAAAACUCCCUCAAAGUGAACAAGAAUUAAAGGAGAAAGAAAAAGAACUUCAAAAACUUACACAAGAAGAAAUAAACUUUAAAAGUUUGAUUCAUGAUCUCUUCCAAAAAGUUGAAGAAGCAAAGAGCUCAUUAGCAAUGAAUCGAAGUAGGGGGAAAGUUCUUGAUGCAAUAAUUCAAGAAAAAAAAUCUGGCAGGAUUCCAGGAAUAUAUGGAAGAUUGGGGGACUUAGGAGCCAUUGAUGAAAAGUACGAUGUGGCUAUAUCAUCAUGUUGUCAUGCAUUAGACUACAUUGUUGUUGAUUCUAUUGAUACAGCCCAAGAAUGUGUAAAUUUCCUUAAAAGACAAAAUAUUGGAGUUGCAACCUUUAUAGGUUUAGAUAAGAUGGCUGUAUGGGCGAAAAAGAUGACCAAAAUUCAAACUCCUGAAAAUACUCCUCGUUUAUUUGAUUUAGUAAAAGUAAAAGAUGAGAAAAUUCGCCAGGCUUUUUAUUUUGCUUUACGAGAUACCUUAGUAGCUGACAACUUGGAUCAAGCCACAAGAGUAGCGUAUCAAAAAGAUAGAAGGUGGAGAGUGGUAACUUUACAGGGACAAAUCAUAGAACAGUCAGGUACAAUGACUGGCGGUGGAAGCAAAGUAAUGAAAGGAAGAAUGGGUUCCUCACUUGUCACUGAAAUCUCUGAAGAAGAGGUAAACAAAAUGGAAUCACAGUUGCAAAACGACUCUAAAAAAGCAAUGCAAAUCCAAGAACAGAAAGUACAACUUGAAGAAAGAGUAGUUAAGUUACGGCAUAGUGAACGAGAAAUGAGGAACACGCUAGAAAAAUUUACUGCAAGCAUCCAGCGUUUAAUAGAGCAAGAAGAAUAUUUGAAUGUCCAAGUUAAGGAACUUGAAGCCAAUGUACUUGCUACAGCCCCUGACAAAGAAAAGCAGAAAUUGCUAGAAGAAAACGUUAGUGCUUUCAAAACAGAAUAUGAUGCUGUGGCUGAGAAAGCUGGUAAAGUAGAAGCUGAGGUUAAACGCUUACACAAUAUCAUCGUAGAAAUCAAUAAUCAUAAACUCAAGGCCCAACAAGACAAACUUGAUAAAAUAAAUAAGCAAUUAGAUGAAUGUGCUUCUGCUAUUACUAAAGCCCAAGUAGCAAUCAAGACUGCUGACAGAAACCUUCAAAAGGCACAAGACUCUGUCUUGCGUACAGAGAAAGAAAUAAAAGAUACCGAGAAAGAGGUGGAUGACCUAACAGCAGAGCUGAAAAGUCUUGAGGACAAAGCAGCAGAGGUCGUAAAGAAUACAAAUGCUGCAGAGGAAUCCUUACCAGAGAUCCAGAAAGAACAUCGCGAUCUGCUUCAAGAAUUAAAAGUUAUUCAAGAAAAUGAACAUGCUCUUCAAAAAGAUGCACUUAGUAUUAAGUUGAAACUUGAACAAAUAGAUGGUCACAUUGCUGAACAUAAUUCUAAAAUAAAAUAUUGGCACAAAGAGAUUUCAAAAAUAUCACUGCAUCCUAUAGAAGAUAAUCCUAUUGAAGAGAUUUCAGUUCUAAGCCCAGAGGAUCUUGAAGCAAUCAAGAAUCCAGAUUCUAUAACAAAUCAAAUUGCACUUUUGGAAGCCCGGUGUCAUGAAAUGAAACCAAACCUCGGUGCCAUUGCAGAGUAUAAAAAGAAGGAAGAAUUGUAUUUGCAACGGGUAGCAGAAUUGGACAGAAUUACUUACGAAAGAGACAAUUUUAGACAGGCAUAUGAAGAUCUUCGGAAACAAAGGCUUAAUGAAUUUAUGGCCGGUUUUUAUAUAAUAACAAAUAAAUUAAAGGAAAAUUACCAAAUGCUUACUUUGGGAGGGGACGCUGAACUGGAGCUUGUAGACAGCUUGGAUCCUUUCUCUGAAGGAAUCAUGUUCAGUGUUCGACCACCUAAGAAAAGUUGGAAAAAGAUCUUCAACCUUUCAGGAGGAGAGAAAACACUUAGUUCAUUGGCUUUAGUAUUUGCUCUUCACCACUACAAGCCCACUCCCCUUUACUUCAUGGAUGAGAUUGAUGCAGCCCUUGAUUUUAAAAAUGUGUCCAUUGUUGCAUUUUAUAUAUAUGAACAAACAAAAAAUGCACAGUUCAUAAUAAUUUCUCUUCGAAAUAAUAUGUUUGAGAUUUCGGAUAGACUUAUUGGAAUUUACAAGACAUACAACAUAACAAAAAGUGUUGCUGUAAAUCCAAAAGAAAUUGCAUCUAAGGGACUUUGUUGAACUUGUUUAUACUGAAGAUUCUUCAAGUUGAUUCAGUGUAUUACUGAUUUUUUUUCUAUUUGUAAAGGAUUAUGAGUUGUAUAAAAUACUCCUUAAACUAGAUCAUGAAACUGGUUUCUAUUUUAUGCAGUUAAGUCUAAAAAAAAUUCUCUAUAAUUGCUUCUAGAUUACAAAAAUAUGACAAUCUUGUAAGUAGCAGACUAUCGAGAAAAAUUAGAUACCUGGAGGGUCAGGUAACUUGCCAAAGUAAAAAGUAUGUUAGUUGAGGCAAAGUCCUGAACUAGGUUGUGCUAUCAAGGCUCAGCAUACCUUCGUGAGCCUUUGAUUUACCUAUACUGGAUGAUAGAUUCUUUAAGGCAUUCCACUUAGCUUGCCAGUUUAGACAAUCACCACAGUUAUUAACCAAAUACUAGGAACAUAUUUUUGUAAACCAGUCAUUCUGAAUUACAGUGAUGAGAAUUUAAAUAUAUGCUUUUCUAGAAUUUGAUGUUUGACCAUUUAUGACUUAAUUACAAGAGAGCCAGUAAAUUAAGACAGUGUCUCAACAAGCCUAGGCUAUCUUGUAAGUUGAAAAAUAUCCCACUGUAGUUGCUUCAUGAGUAUGAAGAUGGCCCCUGACUUACACUGGUUCCAUCUACAAAUUUUCAACUUUAUGAUAACAUUUAUCAGGGUACUAAAUGCAUUUCAACUUGGUAGUUUCAACUUGAUAGGUUUACCAGGAUGUAGCCCCACUGUUAAGCAUCUGUAUUUGGGGUUACUUUAGUAAUAAAUGGUUAAUAAGAUAUCUUGAGUAAUGUUUGCCUAUAAAAUUGUCAGGGUAUUUUUAUACUAUUGGUUCAAGAAUGUUUAAUGUUACUGGACGUAAGUUGGCAACCACUUGGUUUUUGGAAGGAAUUUCGAUAUUGAAUUAGAAGUCUGCCCUAGCUAUUAAAUUUCUGGGUAUUUAUCCUAAGGAAUUAAGAGUUAAUUCUUUCUUCAGUGGGCUGUUUUAGAUAUUUAAAAAAUCCAACAGUUUGUAUCAUAAUGUAACUGUAAAAAUGUAAACGCAUUCAUGGACUUUUAAAUAAAG